CGGGUCUAUAUAAGUAGGUCGCGGGGCCUGAGGCCCUUCGGUGGUUCGCGGAUAAGGGUAGCGGUUUCUCCGUCUUCUCAACCGCGUCGGACCUCGCGACCUAGAACACCUUUGGAAAAUGGAGACUGUUGUUCGUCGCUGCCCAUUUCUGUCACGGGUAUCCCAGGCCUUUCUGCAGAAGGCUGGCAAAUCUCUGCUCUUCUAUGCCCAAAACUGCCCCAAAAUGAUGGAAGUUGGGUCUAAACCUGCUUCUCGGACCCUGGCCACUUCAGCAGCUCAGUGCCAACAGAUCAAAGAAACCACCCCAACCGAUGAGAAGGACAAAUCUUCCAAAGCUGUGGCCCAGCAGGCCCAGGUUGAGUCCCAGCAGACCACUGAGUCUCCACUUCCUAAUGGACCCCCAUCUUCUACUGCAAGCCAGGGCACUGCAAGUAAAUGCCCCUUCCUGGCAGCACAGAUGAACCAUGAGGGCAGCAAUGUUUUCUGUAAAGCCAGUUUAGAACUUCAGGAGGAUGUCCAGGAAAUCCAAUCUGUAAGGAAAGAGGUUGCCCAAACUUCAGCUAAUCCCAUUGUGAUUAGUGCUAAAACGAAUGGAGAAGAGCAAGAACAGAACCAACUGCUGAAGAACUUUGAGGAUCUCAUGCGAAAGCAAAGGCCAGAAAGGGUGUCUCACCUCCUUCAGGAUAAUUUGCCCAAAUCCGUUUCCACUUUCCAAUAUGAUCGUUUCUUUGAGAGAAAAAUUGAAGAGAAGAAGAAUGAUCACACGUACCGGGUGUUUAAAACUGUGAAUCGGAGAGCCCACAUUUUCCCCAUGGCAGAUGAUUACACCGACUCCCUCACCACCAAAAAGCAAGUGUCGGUCUGGUGCAGCAAUGACUACCUCGGGAUGAGUCGCCACCCUCGAGUGUGUGGUGCCGUCAUGGACACUUUGAAACAACAUGGAGCUGGAGCAGGUGGUACCCGGAAUAUUUCGGGAACCAGUAAAUUUCAUGUUGACCUCGAACAAGAGCUGGCCGACCUCCAUGGAAAAGAUGCAGCCCUUUUGUUUUCGUCUUGCUUUGUCGCUAAUGACUCCACCCUCUUCACAUUGGCUAAAAUGAUGCCAGGCUGUGAGAUUUACUCUGAUUCUGGGAACCAUGCCUCCAUGAUCCAAGGCAUUCGAAACAGCAGGGUUCCCAAGUACAUAUUUCGCCAUAAUGAUGUUGACCAUCUGAGAGAUCUGCUGAAGAAAUCUGACCCGUCGGUCCCCAAAAUUGUGGCGUUUGAAACAGUCCAUUCAAUGGAUGGUGCGGUGUGUCCCCUGGAAGAACUCUGUGAUGUAGCUCACGAAUAUGGGGCCAUCACAUUUGUGGAUGAAGUCCAUGCUGUGGGAUUGUAUGGCACUCGUGGUGGGGGAAUAGGUGACCGUGAUGGAGUCAUGCCAAAAAUGGAUAUCAUUUCUGGAACACUUGGCAAAGCCUUUGGCUGUGUGGGCGGCUAUGUGGCCAGUACAAGCUCUUUGAUAGACACGGUGCGGUCCUACGCUGCUGGUUUUAUUUUCACAACCUCCCUCCCGCCCAUGCUUCUGGCCGGAGCUCUGGAAUCCGUCCGAACCCUGAAGAGCGCAGAAGGACAAGCCCUCAGACGCCAACACCAACGCAAUGUUAAACUGAUGAGACAGAUGCUGAUGGAUGCCGGGCUCCCCGUUGUACACUGCCCCAGUCACAUCAUUCCAGUCAGGGUUGCAGAUGCUGCCAAGAACACUGAGAUCUGCGAUGAGCUGAUGCGAAAGUACAAUAUCUACGUCCAAGCAAUCAACUACCCCACGGUCCCCCGUGGAGAAGAGCUCUUGCGUAUUGCCCCAACUCCUCACCACACACCACAGAUGAUGAACUAUUUCCUUGAGAAUCUCCUGGCGACGUGGAAGCAUGUGGGUCUGGAGGUGAAGCCACACUCUACAGCUGAAUGCAACUUCUGCAGAAGGCCUCUCCAUUUUGAAGUCAUGAGUGAACGAGAAAAAUCCUACUUCAGUGGCAUGAGCAAACUAGUCUCUGCCAGGGCUUGAAUGUAGCUACAGUACUCUGCUGAAAGGUGGCUGUACUGUCCUUUCCACAGAGUGACUCAAAAUUAAUGGUAUCUUAAGCCAUAGCAGAAAAGUAGUUCAGAAAUAAAAUGGUUAGAGCAAGU